UUUCGGAGAAAUGAAGAAGAGUAACAGACGAAUGGUAGUGAUGACAUUAGCUGUAUGGAGUCCCUUUCUCGAUGUGUAUGCUUCAGACUAUCGUCUCACACUUUUUGUUAAAUCUUAACUAAUUUGUUUACGUAAUAAUUAACAGUUCUGUCCAGUUAGAUAUCUGCAUGCUUCAAGCUUAAUUAAGUAGACAGCUGUACCACAGACGAUUUCUGAUGCACGAAUGACGUUUAUGGUCUGAAGCUGACCAGCAUGCUGCCCUGAGGUCCGUGGCAAUGAAACUGGCACAUUCCCUCCCAUUUGCGUAUUAAGCAUGACUGACAGUGCUGUAGCUUGCACGGUGAAAUCACCAGUGGCUCUACAAAUUGGAGAUGUGAAGUCGGACACGUCUCGCCCUGGAGUCUAUGUUAUUGACGUCACAUUUCCUCAAGGUCAACUGGUAAAAAUUCAGGAUGUCUCCUUUAAGAACUACUAUACAGCUUUCCUGACGGUGCGGCUGCAGAUGAAAGGAUCUGCCAGCCAGGAAGGAAGUGUUAAAUGGGUCACCUGUCUCAGAAACCACCGCCUUAUGCCCAAUCCGCAUACGGAAGAAGGAUCCCAGGACUACUUCUCUGUGUACAGACAUCAGAUGCUGCUGCUUCCAGACAACGUGACAGCAGCACGUCUCAUUCUCCGGCAGCCAUCUUCGUCUUGGCUGAAUUUCACUCUGGAGGAAAUCAAAAUUCACCAGUGUGUAAAUGACGAUUCAGAACGGGAAGUUCCUGUUUGGUUUUCUGAGCUGACACCAGUCGACCAGGUCCCCGAUUUACAGGGGCUGCCUGAUCCACAAGCAGUGGCAUCCAGCAUCCAGCAGAUGUGGGCGUUAACUGAGGUUAUGCAAACCAGUCAGACUGCGGUGCCGAUUGGCCGUUUUGAUGUGGAUGGUUGCUACGAUGUCAAUUUGCUGUCAUACACAUAGCCUGGAUUUACCUGGCAGAAAUAAUGUUCUGUGUUCACCUCUGUGUACAUUUCUCAAAAAACAAAAAAUAUCUGUACACAAUGUCAAAUUAAAUACUUGCCCUCUCCUUUUAGUGGACUGGUAUCAUACUGAAUAACUGUACACUUAAAUCAAUUAUGAUUUUUCCUGCCUAUAAUGUUAUUUCCAUUUUCACUUUGAAAAGACUGCAAAACUGUAAAUCUCCUUGUGAUAUUACACAUCCUUGGAAAAAAUAGCAGCCAAAUACUCUGUGAAAACUCUUCCUGGAUGGUGGCAAAUAUGAAAAUAAACGUUUCUCAUAUCAGGUAUUAAAUUGUUUAUGAUAAGCAGCAGUACAUGCAAUUUUAAUGCAGACACACAUUCUGUUCUAGCAUGAUUAUACCAGAUGCCAUUGUACUUAGCUUUGACAUAAGGUUGAUCUAUUUAUUAUUUCCUGAAUUCAAAGGGGGCAAGCCUUUUGCUUUGGAUUCUUUUAUGCAUUAAUUUCAGAAAUUGAAGAAAGUAGAUGAGUCAUACUUGAACCUUGAUAAGAAUCCGAGGAAAGACUUGACAACAGCUGUUUAUAGGUAUUCCCCAAGCGUCUUGAGUAGUCUCAAUUCUGACUGGAGAAAUGUGCAAAAAAUACAACAAGCAAACAACAUCGGUAGACUCCUCCAAAACAUCCACAGAAAUGAUUUAGUCUUUCGGUUUGCUGGCUCCAUCUGUCUGUCCGUCUGUCCAUACUUUCAUGUCUACUUAAAGGUGUAAGUAAUUUUAUAGUAAUUUAUUUUGAAUGCCUUUUAGAAAAGUCGGAAUUUUCCAAUCUAGCAAUUUUAAGAAUGCUAAACAGUGCAACAUUUACAAACAGAAAAUACUGUGAUUAUACUUAUAGAAACUGUGUUUAUAUGAAAUGGAAAUGAACCUUUAACAUUUGCAUCUAUGUACAAACACAACAUAAUCUCUAAUACAGCAUUAAAAUAUUCAGGUCAAUUUUAAAGUAUUUUCAAGCGUAAAUAGCUAAUUUUGUUAUUUUGAGCUGUACUUUUUCUAAUAUUUCAAAUAAAAUAUCUUGGAAUAAAGAUUCUCCAAAUAACCAUAAACAGAGAGCAGAAUGUUGUGAACAGACUAACGAUAGGUAGCAUGUAAUGUUUUUAGUAGUGUCUAUGUAGCAUGUCUUCGGUUUAUCGAUUUAUUAUUUUUUGGUCACGGUGGCGCAGUGGUUCAGUGUUUAGCACUGCAGACUCACACCACUUGUGGCUUUGAGUCCUGCUGUAAUGCAGUGUGUGAAGUGUGAAGUCCACAUGUUCUCCUUGUGUUUGCUUGGGUUUCCUCCAGCUAUUCCUAUUCUCUUCCUGCAUGGCCUCUGAAUGUGCCCUGCCAGGAUCUGAGGUGCCAUCCAUGGUGCCUCAUAUCCUGUGUCUCCAGCAUUUUUUAUUCCAUAACAUUUGCAGUAUGGCAGAGACUCCCACCAAAGGAGGUUCAGGUGAACUUACACUCCAUUUUAUGAUAAAACCAAUGAAACUGAUCUUGGCCUUUAAAGGAUGAAACAAACUCACACUGACAUAUGCAUAAAAAUAUAUAUUUUUUUAUCGUGUAAAGAUUUUAACUAAAUUUCUUUCAUGUUUUUUCACCAUUUUGUUAGCUCAUUUAUCAUGAAUUUGUGUUUGACAGGCAAAUAGGACAAAUUCUGUAUGAACGUUUAUCUUAUGUGUAACGUGUCAAUCCUCAGAACGGACGAGGCUGUGGACAUUUCAAGGAAUGACAGACCCAUCUAGUAAUCUGUAGUUAAUUGAGAUUAAACUAACUAUUUAAACUAAGCAUUUUCUGUGUGUUAAGGGGAGAAUUUGUGCCAUUGAUUGCUUAAUGUAGAUAGCGGGACCUCACAGGUUUUCCUACCUGUGAGACCACAAGGGUACCAAAUAAAAUGGUCUCAUUCUAUCUUCCAUUCUGUGUCCUAUGGAUCCGUUUGCUGUAAUGGAGGAUCAAGGUUUUGACACCAUCCAUUUUCCAACUGCUUGUCCAGUGGUUGCAAGGUUAAACCAUUUAAUUAAAAAAAAAAGAAAGAAAUGUAUAUAUAUACACACCUAAAGUGCACUAAGUGUAAUACUAAUGCCUGAAUCAAUCCUUUGCGAAUAUGAAAUUGAAUAAAAUAUGAUUAUUAGAAA